CGCUCUUUUGGGAAGGUUAGGAGACUAGCAGUCUCUCCUGUCUGCACGGGGCUUCGGAUACCGCCUGCUCCUGCCCUCAGUGGUACCCAAGUUAGCACUUUCCCUCUCUUGGCUCUAUGGGGAAGGAACUGGAUCUUAACGCUUCGCAUCCUCCGAGCAGGCAGAGCACCGAGUUCACAGGAAGGCGCUUACUCGAAGCUCGCGGAGUUCUCGCUGUUGAUUAGUUGGGGACGUCCUAGAAAGAAAGGGCAGUAGGCGAUCGCGAGGCGCUGCGCGCGGGGCGAGGGGUAGUCGCGGCCGCCGGAGGCUGAGCGCCCGCGCGUGGACGAAGUGACCCCGGCAACUUCUCCAACUCGGCUGGCGCCGCCCCGCGCGCACACGGGACCCCGGGGGAACGGCCGUGUCGCCGAUCGGGGGCCCGGGCGGGUGUCGGGCUCUCCACCCAGGGGAGAAUCUGGGGGAAUGAAUUCACACGUGGGCAUCAAAGAUGUGUGCCAGCACGUGGUGGGCCGCCUCAACUGACUCCCUUUCAAGGCAAGAAGUAUCCAUCUAAUCAUGAUGUGCAGAGAGAGAGUACAGGACUCUUAAAAGAUCAUUUCAUGGAUCCACUGCCCGGACUUCCUAACCACGCUGCCUUGCUCCUGGGACCCUGUCAAGUCGACUGACCAUUAAUCUCCCUCAGUGCACAAACCAGACUGCAGGUGACGAUGGGAAACUCCGAGAGUCAGUACACCCUACAAGGACCUAAAAAUCAUAGCAAUACUAUUACUGGUGCUAAACAAAAGCCUUGCUCCCUGAAAAUCCGUGGCCUUCAUGCCAAGGAUGACAAGUCAUUGCACGGAUGGGGUCAUGGAAGCAGCGGAGCGGGGUACAAGUCCAGGUCGUUGGCCCGAAGCUGCCUUUCUCACUUUAAGAGCAAUCAGCCUUACACAUCCCGACCAGGGGGCCCCACGUGCAAAGCCUCCAAAGGCAGUGCCUACGCCAAGCAUAGGACAGGUGCCGUAGGGUCAGAUUUCCAGGGCACCGAUGCCACUUUCUCGCCCGAGAACGGCUUCCACUAUGUCGGGCGCCCGCCCGAGGAGAACCACUCGGCCUCGAGGGACUGCCGCAACGGGCACCUUCUCAACUGCUAUGGCGGGAACGACAGCAUCGCGUCCACCCCGCCGGGCGAGGACCGCAAGAGCCCCCGGGUGCUCAUCAAGACGCUGGGCAAGCUGGACGGGUGCCUGCGGGUAGAGUUCCACAGCGGCGCCGCGCCCCCGGGGGCCUCCCCAUCGGGCGGCCCGGUGCAGCUGCUGCGCUACUCGGCCGGUUCCCCGCCCAGCCCCCGCGCCUCCCCGGCAGCCGCCGCGCGCCCUCGCUCCAGCAAGGGCAGCUCGCUCAGCUCCGAGUCCUCCUGGUACGACUCGCCCUGGGGCCCGGCCGGCGAGGUCAGCGAGGCCGAGGGCUCCUUCGCGGCGCCCGACACGCCUGAGCCCGGCCUCCACGCUGGAUUCCCGACCAGGGAUGCUCCAAAACCUUUCAGCCAAAGUGCUUCCCUCUCAUCCCUCCGGGACCCCUACCCCAAUGCCUCCCUUGGGAGCCUGGCCCCCGCGGCCCUGCGGCUUUCCGAUGACUAUAUGGGCACCCGCGCCAGCCUCAGUGCCCGUGUCUCCUUCGCCUCCGACAUGGACGUGCCGGCCCGCGUGGAGCGCGGGGAGCCCGGGCAGUUUGCGUCCUUCACCCUCCCUUGCCGCAAGUCCAGGGCCCUGGGCGAGGAGUCCUCCAAGAAGGACACCCUGAAAGCCAGGAUGCGCCGCAUCAGCGACUGGACGGGAAGCCUCUCCAGAAAGAAAAGGAGACUCCAGGAGCCGAGGUCCAAGGAGGGCAGUGACUACUUUGACAGCCGUUCGGAUGGGCUGAACGUGGACACGCAGGGGCCCUCCCAGGGGUCCUUGUCCCUGUGGUCAGGGGGCUCCGCUCAGAUCCUGUCCCAUAGAAGCGAAUCCGCUCAUGCGAUCGGCAGCGACCCCCUCCAGCAGAACAUUUAUGAGAAUUUCAUGCGAGAGCUGGAGAUGAGCAGGACCAACACGGAGAACCUCGAGACGUCCACGGAGACGGCCGAGUCCAGCAGCGAGUCGCUCAGCUCUUUGGAGCAACUGGACCUGCUCUUUGAGAAGGAACAAGGGGUGGUGCGCAAAGCCGGGUGGCUCUUCUUCAAACCCCUCGUCACUCUGCAGAAGGAAAGGAAGCUGGAACUGGUGGCCCGGAGGAAAUGGAAGCAGUAUUGGGUGACACUUAAAGGAUGCACGCUGCUGUUUUACGAGACCUACGGGAAGAAUUCUAUGGAUCAGAGCAGUGCCCCCCGCUGUGCCCUCUUUGCAGAAGACAGCAUAGUGCAGUCUGUCCCGGAACAUCCCAAGAAGGAAAAUGUCUUCUGCCUCAGCAACUCCUUUGGGGAUGUCUACCUGUUCCAGGCCACCAGCCAGACAGACCUGGAGAACUGGGUCACUGCCAUCCACUCGGCCUGCGCUUCCCUCUUCGCAAAGAAACACGGCAAAGAGGACACAGUCCGGCUGCUGAAGAACCAGACCAGAAACCUCCUCCAGAAGAUAGACAUGGACAGCAAGAUGAAGAAGAUGGCGGAGUUGCAGCUGUCCGUGGUGAGCGACCCAAAGAACAGGAAGGCCAUAGAGAACCAGAUCCAGCAAUGGGAGCAGAACCUGGAGAAGUUUCACAUGGAUCUGUUCAGGAUGCGCUGCUAUCUGGCCAGCCUGCAGGGCGGGGAGUUGCCGAACCCCAAGAGCCUCCUUGCUGCAGCCAGCCGCCCCUCCAAGCUGGCCCUGGGCCGGCUGGGCAUCUUGUCAGUUUCCUCUUUCCAUGCUCUGGUAUGUUCUAGAGAUGACUCUGCCCUUCGGAAAAGAACUCUCUCGCUGACUCAGCGGGGAAGACACAAGAAGGGGUUGUUUUCUUCAUUAAAAGGCCUGGACACACUUGCAAGAAAAGGGAAGGAGAAAAGACCGUCUAUAACUCAGAUAUUCGAUUCCAGUGGCAGCCAUGGAUUUACCGGAACUCAGCUACCUCAAAGCUCCAAUAAUUCCAGUGAGGUGGAUGACCUGCUACACUUAUACGGGUCAGCAGUGGAUGGCGUUCCCCGAGACGGCACGUGGGAGAGCCAGGUUGACGUUCACUUUCAGGAUCGUCAAGCCGUGACUGUGAUGAUCAAGCCGGAAACCAGAGUAGAAGACAUUCUGACUCUGGCCUGCAAGAUGAGGCAGUUGGAACCCAGCCAUUAUGGCCUACAACUUCGGAAGUUAGUGGACGAGAACGUUGAGUACUGUAUUCCUGCACCGUACGAAUAUAUGCAGGAGCAGGUUUAUGAUGAGAUAGAAGUCUUUCCACUAAGUGUGUAUGAUGUGCAGCUGACAAAGACCGGGGGUGUGUCUGACUUCGGGUUUGCAGUGACUGCGCAGGUGGACGAACACCAGCAUCUCAGCCGCAUCUUUAUAAGUGACGUCCUCCCUGACGGCCUGGCGUAUGGGGAAGGGCUGAGAAAGGGCAAUGAAAUCAUGACCUUAAAUGGGGAAGCCGUGUCUGAUCUUGACCUCAAGCAGAUGGAGGCUCUGUUUUCUGAGAAGAGUGUUGGGCUCACUCUGAUUGCCAGGCCACCGGACACAAAAGCGACUCUGUGUUCUUCCUGGUCAGAUAGUGACCUGUUCUCCCGGGACCAGAAGGGUCUGCUGCCCCCUCCUAACCAGUCCCAACUUCUGGAGGAAUUCCUGGAUCACUUUAAAAAGGAUACGGCAAAUGACAGGGACCCAGGUUCAGUUGAAAUAGGAGGCUCCUGGACCCAGAUCCAAGGUGGAGGACACUGUCAAGCUGGGCUUCCUCGUGCUUCGUCACCUCCAGGACAGAGCUGGCUCAUUGUCGGGGGGCUGGAGAAGGAGUCAGUCACCCCAGAGAUUCUGUGGAUCCAGAUACCAGUCACCCUCUUGCAAUUUGGGCAGCGGAACAGCUCCGAGACUUCCUGUCUUGGCAGACCUGUGUCCUCCUCUGGGAUCCCAGGGUCCAGCCUUGAUUUCAGCAACGUCCCCGAUGUCACAACUGGCCUGAAAAGGAGUCAGACUGAUGGCACACUGGAUCAGGUUUCCCACAGGGAGAAGAAGGAGCAGACAUUCAGGAGUGCUGAGCAGAUCACCGCGCUGUGUAGGAAUUUUAACGACAUCCAGACCAACGGCAUGGAAGGACCAAGGGAGGGUCAGGACCCUCCUCCGAGGCCACUGGCUCGCCACCUCUCUGAUGCAGAUCGCCUCCGAAAAGUAAUCCAGGAGCUCAUGGACACAGAGAAGUCCUAUGUGAAGGAUCUGAGCUGCCUCUUCGACUUAUAUUUGGAACCACUUCAGAGUGAGACCUUUCUUACCCAAGAUGAGAUGGAGUCACUUUUUGGAAGCUUGCCAGAGAUGCUUGAAUUUCAAAAGGUGUUUCUCGAGACCCUGGAGGAUGGGAUUUCAGCAUCGUCUGACUUUAACAUACUUGAAACCCCCUCGCAGUUCAGAAAACUGCUGUUUUCCCUCGGAGGCUCUUUCCUUUAUUAUGCGGACCACUUUAAACUGUACAGCGGAUUCUGUGCUAAUCAUAUUAAAGUACAGAAGGUUCUAGAGCGAGCUAAAACUGAUAAAGCCUUUAAGGCUUUUCUGGAUGCCCGGAACCCCACCAAGCAGCACUCCUCCACGCUGGAGUCUUACCUCAUCAAGCCAGUUCAGAGGGUGCUCAAGUACCCGCUGCUGCUCAAGGAGCUGGUGUCCCUGACGGACCACGAGAGCGAGGAGCACUAUCAUCUGACGGAAGCACUAAAGGCAAUGGAAAAAGUAGCCAGCCACAUCAAUGAGAUGCAGAAGAUAUAUGAAGAUUAUGGGACCGUAUUUGACCAGCUUGUAGCAGAGCAGAGUGGAACAGAGAAGGAGGUCACAGAACUUUCAAUGGGGGAGCUUCUGAUGCACUCUACAGUGUCCUGGUUGAAUCCAUUUCUGUCUCUAGGAAAAGCCAGAAAGGACCUUGAACUCACAGUAUUUGUUUUUAAGAGAGCUGUCAUAUUGGUUUAUAAAGAAAACUGCAAACUGAAAAAGAAAUUGCCCUCAAAUUCCCGGCCUGCACACAGCAAUGCUGACCUGGAUCCGUUUAAGUUCCGCUGGUUGAUCCCUAUAUCCGCGCUUCAAGUCAGACUGGGAAAUACAGCAGGGACAGAAAAUAAUUCCUUAUGGGAGCUGAUCCACACCAAGUCAGAAAUAGAAGGACGGCCAGAGACCAUCUUUCAGUUGUGCUGCAGUGACAAUGAAAGCAAAACCAACAUCGUCAAGGUGAUUCGAUCUAUUCUGAGGGAAAAUUUCAGGCGUCACAUAAAGUGUGAAUUACCCCUGGAGAAAACGUGUAAGGAUCGCCUGGUACCCCUUAAGAACCGUGUUCCUGUCUCAGCCAAAUUAGCUUCAUCCAGGUCCUUAAAAGUCCUUAAGAAUUCCUCCAGCAGCGAGUGGCCGGGGGAGGUGGGCAAGGGCAGCUCCCUGGACUCGGACGAGGGCAGCCUGAGCAGCAGCACCCAGAGCAGCGGCUGCCCCCCUGCCGGAAGGGGGCAGGACACCCAGCAGCACCCCCACGCGGGCCUGGCCGACUUCUCCGACAGUCUCAUCAAAGAGAGCGACAUUCUGAGCGACGACGAGGAGGACUACCCCCAGGCUCAGAGGCAGGGCAGCCCCACCAAAGACAUCGAGAUCCAGUUCCAGAGACUGAGGAUCUCUGAGGACCCCGAUGCUCACCCGGCUGAAGAGCAGCCCAAGCUGGUGCGGGGGCACUUCUGUGCCAUCAAACGCAAGGCCAACAGCACCAAGCGGGACAGGGGCACCCUGCUGAAGGCGCAGACGCGUCACCAGUCCCUGGACAGUCAUCCUGGAAACGCCAACCUUGAUCUCAGCUCUGUCCUUGAGCGAGAAUUCAGCGUCCAGAGCUUAACAUCGGUUGUCAACGAAGAGUGCUUUUAUGAAACAGAGAGCCAUGGAAAGUCCUAGCACAGUCCAACCCAGAUAUGGGUUACAUUGCUGGUUUCACUUUUAAACUGGUGGCAAAAUGAAAAUUGCAGAAACACUAUUCAUUAUUAGGUUUUGUGCAGGAUACAUUUUCCCACAAAUAGUUGUAAAGACUUAAGUUAUUUUAAUUUAUUGUGGAUCAGAAAACUAGCUUAAACUGGUCAGAAUUUGUAAAUUACUUAGUUUAUAUCCCUUUUGAGCAGGUUAUCAAAAUGAUUUAGAAUCCUUAAGAUGAAUGCAUUCUAAUUUAUGUAGAAAAAGGUGGGGAAGUUGUGAUUAAUAGCUUUUAAAAGGUCAUUUUUCCUCCAAUACUUUCAGCUAUUAGGUUUCACUUUAUUUAAAGCAUAUUUAAAUUAUUUUAAUGUGGGUUAGGGGUACAAUGUGCAGAUACUUCAUUUUUGUAAGGUUGUAAUAGAUGCUGUUUAUACUAAACAUGUCACAUCUAUGCAGUAUAUAUAUGUAUAUUAAAGCUUGUACUCUAUCUUA